AUGGAUUUCACCCAGGAGCUGCUCAGCCCUGCUCAGAGAUCCCUGUACCGGGAGGUGAUGCUGGAGAAUUACAGCAACCUGAAGAUCCUGCCCAGCCAGGAGAUCCGUGCCCGGGGGACCAGCAGCAAGCCUCCGAUGGAAGUUCCCGGAACGAUAAAGCAGAAGGGAUGGCAUCCAAGGCGUGGAGGUAGAGGCCAGCCAGCUCAGAGGGAGAACUCCGAGGAAACAGACAGACUGUUGAAGAGGAUAGAAGUGUUAGGAUUUGGACCAGUCAACUUUGGGAAGUGUGCACUGGGCUUCAGCAAGAUGACAAACCUCCUAAGGAAAAGCCUUGCCAGACACCAGAAGGCACACUCAGGGGAGAAGCCUGUCGUAUGCAGGGAGUGUGGGCGAGGCUUUAACUGGAAGUUUAUGCUCAUCAUACAUGAGAGGACACACUUGGGCGAGAAGCCUUACAUGUGCAGCGAGUGCAGGCGGGGCUUCAGCCAGAAGUCAAACCUCAUCAUACACCAGCGGACACACUCUGGGGAGAAGCCCUACGUGUGCCAGGAGUGUGGGAAAGGCUUCAGCCAGCUGUCAAACCUCAUCUCACACCAGAGGACACACUCCAAGGAGAAGCGUUAUGUGUGUGGCGUGUGUGGGCGAGGUUUCAACCAGCAGUCCAAUCUCAUCAGACACCGGAGGACACACGCAGGGGAAAAGCCAUGCGUGUGCAGGGAGUGUGGGCGAGGCUUCAGUCACCAGGCAGCUCUCAUCUGGCACAGGUGA